UAAUAUGUUAUUCAGUUGAAUCGCGUCCGUAGAGACAAAACAAAGAACAUGUUCUGCCAAAUAAUGUGUCGUUGCUGGUCAGUGAAUUAGAUACGUGAAAAAUCUCAAUUAUUGUAUUAUCAAGCGAUUUUCUCUGUAUCAACUGUUGAACUUAUUAACACGUGUGUGAUUGACUGAAUGUAAAUUGGUAAUUUUUUUGAAUUUUUCGUGACGAACCAAACUGUGACUAAAGAAAGUUGUGAACCUGGGAAUGUUAAGUGCUAACAAGUGAAUAUCCCCAAUGUGUAGAUAUUAAUGAUCCACCGACCUACAGUACAAUAAUGGUGAUGUGACUAUGUCUUAUUGAGUUUAUCUGCAUAAGGAAAUUCAGUGAUAAAGAUCACAUUUCGGUCAAAGUCGUUAAACAUCAUAAAGCAUACACGCGAGUUGCAUUACUUUAAGACGACACAUUUAUAUAGUUACCAUGGAACGAGUGGCGUCAAUAACACAAUCAUCGAGUCGUGAUUCCGUCGAGAAAAAUCAUGAACUGGAAUUUCAAGAUGAAGAAGAAAUUUGCACUGACGACACCAAAACUAUUUGCACAGAAAAUCAAAUUAAUGAUUUGAUUAUUGCUUCGGAAGUAAAUAAAAUGUUAUUGGCUAGGAACUAUUGGCCUAUUGGCGUCAUAAUUCGUUUAGUCUUGCCACUAGUCAAAGGUGUAGCUCGAGGAUGGAUACGAGGAUGGCAAGAAAUUCGCGGUACAAAUGCGUUGCGACUAUUAAAAAAUGUUCGCCCUAGUCGUCAGUUGUUAACCAAUUUGUUUGCCUUUACCGCAAACAGUUUGUCUCUCGGUCUAUCAAGUGUGCAAGUUGUGUAUAAAAUCGACCCAUUGCUCAAGAUGAUAAAGUUAAGGAACAGACAAACAGUCCCAAAAAUCAGUAUACCACACCAAGUAGUUCAACAGUCGGACAAUGUCCCCGAAAAAUGUGUUUCCUUGAAUAUUUUGGCACAACCAGAAAGUGGUCCAAUCAGGGCGGAUGUAAUUUUUAUUCAUGGAUUGCACGGUUCCUUAGUAAACACAUGGAAACAGGGCUUAUGGAAUAGCCAAGGACGUCGCGUUAGACGUGAAUUUAAACGCCCACCGAAACCACCAAUUCGUCCUCCAAAACGACAACGCCAUUCGAGAUCAUCGUUAUUCGAUUCACCGCACAGUUCGAAACGAAGACGUUUCUGUGCGAGCAACAGCAUGGAUAGUGACAUUGCCGAUUCUACGGAGCGUCCUAUAUUAGAGCGUGACUGCUCUAUUGAUUAUUCCUAUGAUUGCGAUAAUACUAACGACGACACGGUGGUUAGUUAUUUAGAAGAAAUUGAAUACAAUUUCUCAACAUUUCGAAUGAGAAUGGAUGACAUGGACGAGGACAAAUCUGUACCUGAUAAUGACGAAGAAACAAUACGAAAUGAACAACUUCCUCCACAUACAAACAGCUCUUAUUCGAAAUGUUGGCCUGGUGACUGGCUGCCAUUGGACUGCCCUGGAGUCAGGGUAAUUUCGUUAAAUUACACAACCGAUCCGUAUUUGUGGCGACCGGUGUGGAUUAAAAAGAGAAUUCGAUCAUCGCUUGCGGAACGGUCGAGGGAAAUGAUGAAAAUGUUAACUGAGAUUGGUGUUGGCAGUGGACAUCCUAUUGUUUGGGUGGGUCACUCGAAAGGUGGGAUUUUUAUCAAGCAAAUGAUCGUUGACGCUUGGGAGUGCGGAAAAGCAGUAAUGGCACCAAUCUGGCAACAAUCGCGAGGAAUUUUGUUUUAUUCCGUUCCACAUAGAGGAUCCCCGUUAGCCGAUUUUAACUUGCCAUUACUCAGGCAAUCGAUAGAACUAACAGAGAUCAAGAAAAAUUGCACUGGACUCUUAGAAUUACAUCGACGGUUUGUGGCACUGUACAGAAGCGGCCAGUUAAAGUUGGAUGUUUUUAGUUUUGUCGAAACAGCUUUAACACUAAUGUCCGUCAUGUAUCUGAGAAUAGUCGGCAUUGAUUCGGCAGAUCCCGGUAUAGGCGAAGUAUGUGGAGUUCAUCUAGAUCAUCGAGAAAUUUGUAAGCCGACAAGUAGGGAAUGUAUAUUGUAUACUAAAUUAACCAAAAUGAUAAACAAAGUUAGCUAAUGCAAGUCAAUAAUGAAACCUAUGUGAUAAAUCAAUUUAUGAAUAAUACGCUCUGGGCUUAGCGGGAUACAGGACAAAAUAUAUCUUUAAGAUAUUUUAGUUUUACUACUAGAACAAAAAAUAUAUUUUUUACUGUACUAGAUUCAAUGAAAUGUAUAACAAAGUUAGAAUUAUACCAAAAAACAGAAACAGUUUUUUUACAAGCUCAAAAACUGUACAGCUUAAUUCGUAGUUAAUAUUUUUAUUUAGAUUAAAAAUUAACGGUCUUGUUGUGAAACUGUAUAAAAGAAAUAGAGACGUGAUGCAACAGGGGAUGCUGUAAUUUCAUUAAAAAAAAAACGUUCAAAAGAGA